UAUACCUAAUAUUAUAAAAAUGUCUGCUCAUGGGGGCGAUUGGAGCUCCGUAGUAAAACCUCUUUUAAAUAAUCGUUACGCAUUAACAAAUAAAAAUGAAAUCCUUAAUAUAAUUAAGGCUAUCACGCGAAGUGAAAAUGAGUUUUUCGACGAGGAUAACAAUCAUUUGCAGUUUUAUACGGCUUUUGCUGCCUUAGCUGCGGAUAAAUUGAGUCAAUGCAAAUAUGCAGUCUCACAAACACAAAUUCAUGAGGCAUGCGCCAUUCUAAUACGAUUCAUAUUAUUGCGCUUGGGCAAGGUCUGCGUCUAUGAAAUAAAAUGGUUGUUACCGGCUUUGAAAAGCCUAUGCGAAGGCAAACCAUCAACUUCAUCUCAAACGAAAUCAACAUCCACAGCAACAAGUGCAGGGGCUGGCGGUGCUGGAGCAACUGCAGGCAGUAAUAAUGCUAGCUCCUCAAAUACCAGUGCCACCGCAGGUGCUGGUUCAACAAAUGUCUUGCAAUUUGAUUAUAAUGCUGUCGCGGCUGUGCUGAAGAGCAGCAAAUACCCAGAAAAUACAAAAAGUAUUGUUGCCGCCAGUAGUUCCACAGGUGGUGGUAGUAAUGCUGGAGAAAAGGAUUCACCUAAAUCGGAGAUAAAAAGAUCUCGUUCCGAUUUGUCUUCUAUAAUUAUACAUCAGUUAACAGCGCCAUUGGAAGCCGGUAAAAUGACAUGGGCUCCCCUCAGCGAAGAGUUAACCGACUGUUCAGAGGUAUUCGCUUCAAAUGCUGCAUAUCUACAGUCUUUGAAUGGGGCGGACAUUAUCUUGGAUGUCUGCUCGUCAUUACCAAUUUUGACCCGUUAUCGUCUUAAAUAUCAAGAGACCAUCGCUAACUUGGCUGGCAAACCAUUGUAUUUGCCUUUGACACAAGUAGAAGCCACACAAAUACGAAACACUUUGACACAUAUGGUCACCGAUAUCUCCAUAUUGUCACAAGCUUUGACAUUACCUAUUUUACAACCAUUGACACCCAGUCGCAUAGCUAAACUUUCGAAAUGUGCUAUUUCCGCCUUGUAUUGCGCUGUUUUAGCUUCAAUUGCCAGCAGUGUUUUGAAUAUGUCGUCUACGGCAAGUACCCAAAAAUCAACAACCUCUGGCGGAUCAACUGCUUCAUUGUCUACACAAUCAUCGAGUAAGGAUGCCGAUGACAACGAAGAGAAUGCCCGCACAGUGGUCGACAAAGCAUUGGAAAUUUAUACAACUAUUGGACAAAUGUUUAAAGAAUCAGCUCGUUCACACAUUUAUCAAAACCAUCUAUGUUUCGGUGCAUGGCUCCUGGUAAGCGGUAUCCAAGGAGCUUUGGGCGCUUCAGGCAGUACCAGUACAAGUAUGAGUAAAGAUGAUAUAUCGAAACAGGCUAAAAGUAAAUCUGGUGAAAGUAUUCAACCAACUGCAUCUGCUCGUGUAAAUCUCUUUAAAGUUCAACAGGGAUUUGGUGUUUUGAACGCAGCCAUUGCCAAUCACUGUAUAAAACUCUUGACAGAACUUAUAGAUGAUUUAAAAAUCGAAACAACUUCGUCUAUGGAUAUUCAACAGCAGCAGCAGCAAGGACAAAGCCAACCUUCUACAGCUGCUUUGCCAGAGCCGGCAAAUUUUGAUGUCUUAGAAAACUAUACAACUUUGCAAAGAGUAAUGCGUGUCCUUAACACAGCCACAUUACAUCAGCUGUUUACCUUCUUGGCCACUGUUACCUACCGUAAAGCCUGCAAUUUGAAACGUGCAAACACUAAAGAUCGUACAGAAUGUGAACCAAUAAGCUACUCAGAUUCAACAACGUAUUUUAAUGAUACCCUUUCAUGCUCAGACAAUUCAGAGGAGGAUGAUAGUGAAAGUUAUCUGGGUCAUUGGUUUAAAGAAACUCUUCAACCUGAAUCGGCCGAUGAGAAUCAAUCGGUUGACAAUAAUGAUAAGAACAAUGAAGGACAGAAAUCGAAUUUAGUACCAGCCUUAGAUGAGCCUCAUGAAUACCUGGAUUUGGCGGCACAAAUUUUCUGUUUCAUGGAUCAAUUUUUCUCCCAAAAACAUAGUUAUCUUCAGAGAUACGUUAAGGCUGGCCUAUCUGAUCAGCAAAUGCUUUUGAUGGCUAACAUACUUAAAGAUUUAGAUCGUGAUUCCGCCAGAGGAAAUGAAACAGAAACCAACACAUGCAACAAAUGGCAAUCGGCAAUGAUAAGAUUUUCCGGAGCAGUUGGACGUUAUCUUCACAAUUUGGUAUCGGCGUCUUUGCUGAGUGAAUCUUUGCAGUCAAAUCUUUUGCAACAUCUUGGAGUAUCGCCCUGGUCCAGCGAAACCAACACAUGGCCAUUGCAGGUCUACCCAAGCACUCUUUCAGUAUUGGUACAGAUUUUAUUGCUAAAACCCACGCAAGAAAAAGAAGCAGCCUGUCUUUCUGUUUGGCAUCGUUUGAUCAAUACUCUAGUAGAGGGCGUAUGUGGAUCAUCUUCGACAAAUCCUCCAACAAAUGUUGAUUAUGAGGACCUUAAUAUGGAGCAUGCCCAGCUUUUGCUUUUCCUGUUCCAUUCAUUGAAUCUAAUGCAAAAGAAAUCUAUACUACUUUUAACAGCCGGUGGUGUGAUACGGUGUGCCGAAGUUUGUCGUGAUAUAUCUAGUGACAAACCCAUAAGGAAUAGUCAAAUUAUUUUGCUAUCCCGUUUACUUCUCUUCUUGGAAUAUCUGAUGAAACAUUUGUACAAUGCCCCAUCAGAGCUAUUGGAUUCAGUCCGAUGGAAUCUCUUCAGCAUUAGCACUAUGCAUGAAAAUCAAAAGAUUGCCGAUUUAUUGAAUAAUAAGACCAAACUGACUUCGUUUGUUCGCAAAGACAUCGAGGAUGAGUUUCGUAGAAGUGCAGCUGAUUGUAUGUCAAAUAUUCGUCCGACGUUCUACUCGCUAACUCUUGUAGGAGAUACAUCUCCAACAAAUCAAGAGUUCAAAUUAGAUGGUUUGGCAUGGAAUUUCAUCCUCUGCACCCCGGACAAAUUAAAAUAUCCCUUAUUGGUAGAUGCACUUAUUGAUAUUUUGGGCAUUACGGAUAUGACACUGUCAUGGCAUUCUCGAGAUAGUACACAUACUCUGUGUGCCAUACGUUAUUGCUUUAGCAUAUGCUGGAAGCUAUUGCUGGGUCUACCGCCAUCAACCACACAUGUCGAGCAACUACAAGUUGACAAGAAACCUAAUUUGCAUUCACUGCUAUGGUCCAUUCGUUGCCCAACUUCGCAUUAUCUUAUUGUCAACAGUCUAAUUAAACAAGGCAUGUACACGCAAUUCGCCGAAACUUUGUGGAAUACCAUAACCGAUCGUGUCAGUGAUGUACGUUUUAGUUUGAAACAAACAAUUCUGGGCAUUGAAUCUUGCAAUGAACAUAUUAACAAAGCCAAUCCACCACUCUCAUAUAUAAUUUUAUUGGAUGCUUUAUUAUCGCACAUGCAAGCCGUUGCUUGGGCUGAAAAGGAGGGCAUUAAGCCCCAGCGAUCCUCUUCAAAUAGUAAUACAGCAGUAGCAAGUCCAACUACUGGUUCUUCGCCGAUAGCAGCUGGAGCAAGUGCCGACGAAUCGACAUAUGCUUCAACGCAAUUUGAUAAUAAUGAACAAAAGAGUGAAUCUGAUUCUGGCAAUGCUAUUGCCUUGCAAGAACGUCACCAAUCAUCUAAAGAACUUCUACAAAUGUUGGUCAAUACGUACAAAGUUCUACGCGAUACAGUUCGUCACAAAAUGGUGCAAAUUUUACCAUUGGCCAAUGUUACGCCAGAUAAUAUUCUGGAAUGUAUACUGGCCAUUGUAAAUUCCAAUAAUUCAUAUUGCACAGAUUUAUGUUCACAAUUCCUAAAAUUGUUGGACAAUAAAAAUAAGGAAGUUAUAACAGGUGAUUGGUGUGAAUCCCUGCCAGUGUCCGAUGCUAUUUUCAAUACAUCCAAUAGUGGUCAGCAAACACAACAAUACCCCGCUGAAGUGUAUACCCUUACCGUAAUUGAAUCACACAUUACUGAAUUGACCCGAGACAAUUACUACUCGACUUUGAAUUCUUUCAAGCAUUGCCUGAAGAGUCUUUUUAGUUUGAUGAAUCUUUUGUUGACAUCAUCACAACAACAAUGGCAGCAGGAUAGCGCUUGCAAAUCCCUCAUAGAAGAGCAACUAAAACCCAUGCUCAUAGAGACUAUGAUGGACGCACGCAUGGAAUAUGUUUUCGAUAUUGCCGAGAAAUGUUUGCUAACAUUAAUGCAGGGAGUCGAUCAAGCUUCAGAGCAACAGCAAUUCAUGUCAUACAACUAUAUACUGAAAUAUCACUAUCGUUUUCUAAUGGAAUAUGCUGAGGAAGCGAAGAACUUCCCACCCUCGGUGCAGCAAAGUUUGAUAUUUGAUGAAUCGCUAUUGUUCGCGUUUGUUAAGUCAAUGUCUGCAAUGUUGGAGAAACCCAUGGGUAUUAAAGCCAUACAUCAAUUCUUUACCCAGAAAAGCACUGACACCUCUCCGACGGCGAUUAAACCCAGUUUGGUGGAUUUGUUGUUGUCCUUUACGGGUACUAAUCUAUCAAUGUCUUAUGCUCGUAAACUCUUAGAAUUUGUUGAAAAACUAUUCCAAAUAGCCCAGCAACCAGACUCGGCAUUCCCACUAGAGGAAUUGAGAAGUUGCUUUGGAGAGUUGGCCAGUGUUGAGCAACAACGUAUCAAGUGUUGGCUAACACAUGUUAUUUAUGGCCCACAAAGUGUUAUCUCACAACAAACAGAAACUCCCGUGGAAAAACAAUCUUCGGCCACAGGUGUGCCAGCCACAACAUCCAGCACUUCAUCCAGUAAUGCCCAGACACCCACAAAUAUGGCAACCAUUUCUGCCAUAGCCUCUUUAUCGGAACAAUUUGGCAAUCAAUCGUCAACAUUGGACAAUGCAGAAGCAAUAGAUGAAGACAAUGCCGCAAAUCAACCCUCAGCUGCUGCGGCUGCGGCUUCAGCCACUCAACAGAAUAGCUCGGCAGCUGCGCAAUCGCUGAGUAUUUGGCCUCAACAAACCACAACGGCUGGUAAUAGCAGUUUCUUGGCUACAAAUCAGUCAGAACCUUUGUCUACCACUCAAGACGAGCAAUUACAAAAUCAACAACAGAGCGAAAGAAAUGGAGCUCUACUGCUAAAUGUUAUCAAAUAUAUUGUACAUGAUGGCAAGACAACCGCAAUCGGCUCAAACACAACCAACAAUAAUGCCGUGGCGUUGCUUUUAUUCCAGUCUUUGCUUCAACUGGGUCAAACAUUGAUUUCUCCAUCUUCACAUGAGGCCAAUGAUUUCUCUGAUAUUCUACAAAUAAUGAUUUGCUUGGCCGAUUGUGCCCAAGGCAAGGGCCAUUCAACACUGUUCAAUGCCACCAUUAUGUGGUUGGAAAUUACCAAAUUCCAGAUUUUAGAAAAGACCCAGAGUCUACACAAGUCGCUCAUAAUGUCGCCCAACAUCUUGGAAAACGUUAAUGCUCUGUUAAAAUAUCUGCAUGAGUUGCUACAAAGUUUGGGACACAGAGGCAGCAAACACCAACAACAGCCUGCCUGGGAUGAUGACAUUCAAACCGAUUUGGAAGAUUUAAUGGACGAUCUUGCCAACGAUCAGCAAGGAGACGAUGACUCAUUUGUUGAGGACUCGGACGAGGAUAGCCUUAACAACAAAUUGUGUACGUUCUCCUUAACGCAAAAGGAAUUUAUGAAUCAACAUUGGUAUCAUUGCCACACCUGCAAUAUGGUCAAUACAGUCGGUGUUUGUUCGGUAUGUGCCAGAGUUUGUCACAAGGGACAUGACGUUAGUUAUGCUAAAUAUGGAAAUUUCUUUUGUGACUGUGGUGCCAAAGAGGAUGGUUCUUGUCAGGCUCUGAGAAGGCGGGUAUCUAGCGGUACAACGACUGGAGAUAGUCGUGGACAACAAAGUGACUAUUCAACAUCGGGAAUAUACUCCAGUAGCAAUAGCAGUGGAACGAGUGGCGUCUUGUCACAGUCGAAACGUGCACAAACACCGCCCUCUCAAAGCUGUUUAAGCCAGCAACAACAACAGCAACAUCACCAACAGCAACAACAACAAAAUUCCAAUUCAGCUUUGCAAAUGACAACCAAUAAUUUCCUAAUGUCCUCCUCUGCGACAAACGAACGCAUUUCUUUGCUCUCCAGACUAUUGGAGGGUUCCAAAGAAGCCCUACAAAACACCGACCAGUGGACUAAUAUUGUGAAAUGUAUUCUCGAGUUCUUUGAUGUUAUAAUGCCAGCCAUCAAAGAGAAUUGUGAUCUCUUUUCGAUUGUGGGCUGUCAUCGUAGAGCAAAAGCAGCGCUUUUGCGUCUCCAUGGAGAACAAACGUUCCAACAUACCGAUCAAUUGAUGUUACCAACAUUGGGCUCGCAAGAAGGUGCCUUUGAGAAUGUACGCAUGAGUUAUUCCGGCGAUCAGGGACAAACCAUUAAACAAUUGUUAUCAUCCGGUUUGGUGCGACGAGUAGCCUUGUGUUGCCUUUCUUCGCCCCACGGCAAACGCCAGCACUUGGCUGUAUCCCAUGAAAAAGGCAAAGUAACAAUUCUUCAACUGUCAGCCUUGCUAAAACAGGAUGCUGCCAAACGUAAACUGACAUUGACACAACUAUCUUCGGCUCCCAUACCAUGUACUGUGCUCUCGUUGACUGCAAAUCCAGCCAAUGAAGAUUGUUUGGCCGUAUGUGGUUUGAAAGAAUGCCACAUACUCACAUUUACCAACACCGGGGCCACAAGUGAGCACAUUGUUUUGACCCCACAACUGGAGAAUGGUAAUUUCAUUAAGAAAGCCCUGUGGCUGCCAGGAUCCCAAACUAUGCUGGCUUUGGUUACUGCAGACUAUGUUAAAAUUUAUGAACUUUCGGAGGAUACCUAUAGUCCAAAAUACUAUUUCCUGGUGGCAGUGGGCAAAAUACGUGACUGCUGUUUUGUAUAUCAGGAUGGUGUUUACUACAUGCUUAUAAUAGCCUCAUCCGGCUAUAUAUACUAUCAAAAACUUGACGAUCAAUCACUGGCCAAACAUGGAGAUUUCUAUGUAACAAACACCUUGGAAUUAAAUCAUACACAAAUUAAAGAUGUCAAUGGACAGGAGGGAGGUGGUGGUGUUUCCAUCUACUACUCGCAUACCCUGCAAUUGUUGUUCUUCAGUUAUUCGGUUGGCAAAAGUUUUGUUGCUCCCCUAACAGAUGUCAACAAGGGAGUAAGAUGUAUUACCCAUCUACAAAUAUCGCCCGGUUCCUCGAAGAAUUCCUCCAAGGGUCCACCACAGCCUCUAUGUCAGUGGACGGAAAUACCCGGCCAUCCAGGUCUUAUCUGUGCCAUGAUGCACACAUCUAAUAAUCCAGUUAUAUUUAUGUUUACACCCGAACGUAUUCUGAUGCAAGAAAUAAAGGCCCAAUCCUCCAAGUCUCGCAUUAUGGAUAUGGUUGCCAUACGUCAUACAGUGGCUGGCGUUGAGAAAACAACCCUUAUAUUACUCUGUGAAGAUGGAAGCCUGCGAAUAUUUACAGCCAAUCAGGAGACAACCUCAUUCUGGCUUUCGCCACAGGUCCAACCGUUAAGUAAUCAAUUGUACACCUCGAAUUUGAGUAGCAAAUCAACUUGUUCCAAUGGAGCGAGUAAAAAAUCGAAACGUAAAUCAAGUCAUCAACAAAAGACAACAGGUCCGAACGGCAAUCCCAUUUUCCCCAUUGACUUUUUCGAACAUUGUACCAUGCUGCCAGACGUUGAUUUUGGUGGCAAUGAUUUGUUACAAAUCUACAAUAAACAGAAGCUUAAAAUACGCCUCUUCUCUACGGGAAUGUAUGUUGCCUCUACCAAGGCAACCGGCUUUACAUUGGAAAUAUAUAAUAAUGAUCCGAACAAUAUGGUUAUUGUGGGAAUACGGGUACUGCUGGGAACACAAGAUCCACACCGAGCACCACAAAGUGUUACUAUAUUGGGUAGGACAAUACCAACACCAGUACGUCGAGCUCGAUGGUUUGAUAUCCCACUGACACGAGAAGAAAUGUUGCAAUGUGACAAAUGCCUCAAGGUGGUAUUUGGAAAAUCAAGAGAUCCCGACAAUGUUUGCAUGCUUGAUUCCAUUGAGGUAUAUGGUAAAUCUAAAGAUUUAGUUGGUUGGCCCGAUGAUACGGAUGAAGUUGCUGGUGGUGGGCCAUCGUCUUCAGCGAAUGUCGCCGGUAGUGGUUCAGCAACUGCUACAUCAUAUGGUGUUAUGGGUACCUCUGGAACUUGCUAUGAAGGCUUCAACUCCAUUACCCAGUUGGAUAGAAUGGUAACUAUGCUGCUGGAAGUACUCGAUUGUUCAUUAAGUCUAUUGGGUACAAAUGCCCUGACUGGUACUAUAAAACAAAAGGCCACAAAUACUGCGACAUCUUUGUUAUUGUUGCCAACUCCUAACCAGGUGCAGGUACAAUCAAGAUAUGUUUUAGCCACACUCUUUGGCAAUCGCCAGGCCUAUCACAAUUACAAGGAUUAUGAAAUGUUGGUAUAUGUCAACGAUGAAUUGAAGGUUCUCAAAUCCAAGCUAGCCAGUCGUGAAACAUUGAGAGACAUAGAUCCUGAAGCCUUCUACCGCUUGGUUCUUAUGGUACGUGGCAUUGCCACAACAAGACCCAUGACAUUGACGAAAAUCUGCUUGGACAAUAAAUUCGAAAUAGUUGCUGAUUUAAUGGAAUUCGUGGAAAAGCUAUACGAAAUCACUCCAGCCAUAGAUGAGCCAACAUCAAUUGUACGCCAAGGUCUGUCACACACUGAGACAAUAGUACAUUGUCUGGUCGAGAUAAUGCAUGCGUUUGCUUUGGCCGACAUUUCUCAAGUGGAGAGGGUUACUUUGAUGUUUAUAAAACUAUUGAAAAACGAAUCCAGUGUUAUAUCCCACAGCGCCAAAGAGGCCAUAAUAUUGUUGCUUAGUCCACGUUCUAAGCGCAGAAAAGUGGCCAUUAUAACACCAACAUUGUGUUCUACACCAACGCCGCCGGCAUUAUCAACCACUGCUUCUAUGGUCAAUACUGCAGCUGUGGUAGGUGCAGCUGGUAUGGGUAACGAGGAUGACACCUUAGAUGAGGCGGCCGGUAUAGUAAAUCCUGUGGUGGCAGCUGUUGGUGGAGGGUCUUCUUCACCGCCCUCUUCCGUGCAACGUAGCGGUAGUGCGGAAUAUGUAACAGUUCCCGGUGCAGUAGCCAAUGACCCCAAUGCAUUGGUAGAUCCUUUGGAAGCAUUUAUGGGUAGCGGUUUCCCUCAACUUUUGGGACUACAACAAGAUGCAGAUGAUGAAGCCAUUAUGGAUAUUGCCAUUGCUUUAAGUUUACAACAACACGAUGGCAGUGGAGCCGAACCGGCUCUACAACAUUUACAACAAGGACUUUCGAAUUUGCAAGGAAUGCGCAAUGCUGCCGCUCAAUUACAACACGCUCAACAACAACUACAGGCUGUGGCAGCGGCUGCGGCUGGUGGUGGUGGUAGUAGUGGCAGCGGUGGGGCUGCUGUGUCUUCAGCUGCUGGCUCAGAUGAUGAGGGCUCCAAUGUGGCAACAGAUGGUUCAACCCUACGCACUUCACCUGCUGAACCGGUGGGAAGUGGUGGUUCAGAAAGUGGAGGCAGUGGUGUUGAAUCAAUUGGAGGUACCUCGGGUAGAAGCAGUACAUAUGAAGGUGAUGGUGGUGGUGCCACAGCUUCACCGCCACGUGCCAGCGGUGGUAGCAUGACAGGUGCCAGAAGUUCUGCUAAAGGAGCAGCAGGAACAGCAGUUGGUGCUAGCGCCCUAACCAACGUUGCACCUACAGAAAUGCCAACAACGAGUCGAGCAGCAGCCUUAGAGGCCAGUCAAAGCAACGAUACCGAAGAUAAUGAUGCUACUGAAGAUGAAAAAUUGGCCAAGUUACACGAUUUAAGAAUUGCAAUUUUGGGUAGCAUCAUCUCCAACAUCAAGACUCUUGAUGACUGCAAUGGUUUGCAAGCCAUACCAUUGAUCCAGGUCAUACUAAUGCUGACCACCGAUUUGAAUGGUAACAAUGAGCGUGACCAGAAAAUCUUAAACGAUCUACUUACAGCUCUAGUUGAGUAUGUUGAAAUGGACUCCAUUUCAAAUGCUUCGAAGAUGAAAGACAAGAAUCUUAAAAAUGAAGUUCGUUUGGCCCUACUGUCUCUUUUCGGUGUUCUAAUGGGCAAAACGAAAUCGAAACAGGCUGGAACAACUUCACCACCACAUCAAUUCAAGGAUAACGCCUCGUUUGUGGCCAGUACCACAGCUAGCAUUCUAAGCAAUAAUGGAGCCUUUACAUUCUGUUUGGUUGUUAUGGAAUCAUUAUUGCAACAUUGGAAACGUGUAUCCAGCGAACAAAAUCAAGCAUCGGUUGCUGCGGCGGCAGCGAGUGGUAUUGUUAGUGCAAUUGCCACUGGUCCCAGUAAUAGUGUUACUACGCCUGUUGUCAGUGGUUCGGCGGUAACACCAACACAGAAUAGCCUCUUAAAACCAAUUCGUUAUGGUCCCAAGCCUGAUUUGUCAACACUGAUACCACAUAACUAUUUGAAAAACUAUCCCGACAUAUUUGAAUCGUACGAUGCCCUUCUAACUGAAAUGUCUGUACGUCUGCCGUAUCAAAUUUUACGUCUAUCGGCCACACAUCCCGGCACCUAUGACUGGUAUCAUUCAUAUUGUGAAAAUAUGACUUACACUUUGUGUGAAUACAUGAUGUUAAAUUUGAAUGCCUUAUUGAGGCGUCAAGUGCGGAAGCUGUUGAUGUACAUUUGUGGUAACAAGGAGAAAUUUAGAAUGUUCCGUGAUGGCCAUUCAUUGGAUGUACACUUUAAUUAUGUUAAAGAUUUGUGUAAUCUAUACAAUACGAAGAACCUUGUCUUAACCAAUCAAUCAAUACCAAUUCUUAGCUACGACUCUUUAGUUGAGCUAACGGAACAUUUACGGACGUGCCAGGAAAUUUCACAAAUACGUACCGGAAAUUGGCAAAAGUUCUGUCUCAUUCAUGAGGAUGUUAUACCAGUUCUAAUCGAAAUUGCCUGUUAUCAACUGGAUGAUGGUGUGUCGCCAAUAAUAUUACAAUUGUUACAAGCUGCCCUCUGCAAUAAUAUACAGGCUGUAAAACAACAACAGCAAUCGGAAAAUGGUAGCAGCUCAUCUAGCGUUGCUGGUGGUUCUAAAAUGCGUGGAGAUCGUGAUAAAUCGGAAGAAAUUGAAAUGACUUUUGAUUCGAAGUUUGACUCCACGCAUUGUUCCACAUUUGUCCAUCAAAUAUUCCGCUUCGUUUCCGAUUCAUUGCUGAAUAAAUUUGUGCGUAUCUUCUUGUUGGAAACCAACAUAACAUCGAUCCGCUGGCAGGCCCAUUCCUUGGUGUAUGCCAUAUAUGAUUAUGCCAACGAACGACAGAAGGAGAAAUUGAUAAAUAUUUUAUGGAAUAUGUGGCCUUUGGUGCCGCAAUUUGGACGUCGUACAGCCCAAUUUGUUGAUAUUUUGGGUUAUUUGACGUUAAGCACGAAAACAAUAACCGAACGUUUGCCAGAGUUUACCGAAAAGGCUGUAGAAGUUUUGAGACAACAAAACGAUUUACUUUCCAAACAUCCGAAUGCUUCUAUCUACACAUCGCUGGAGCAAAUUCUGCAAAUGAAUGGUUACUAUUUGGAAUCGGAACCUUGCUUAGUUUGCAACAAUCCAGAGGUGCCCAUGGCCAAUAUCAAAUUGCCAUCCAUUAAAUCGGAUUCUAAAUUUACCACCUGUACCAUGAUUGUAAAACUGGUCCAAUGUCAUACCAUAUCCAAACUUAUAGUGCGCAUUGCUGAUUUGAAACGUACGAAAAUGGUAAGGACCAUCAAUAUUUACUACAACAAUCGUACAGUGCAGGCUGUGGUGGAGCUAAAGAACAAACCAGCCAUGUGGCACAAAGCACGUACUGUCACUCUGCAAUCGGGCCAGACAGAAGUUAAGGUGGAUUUCCCCCUACCGAUUACGGCCUGUAAUUUAAUGAUAGAGUAUGCUGAUUUUUAUGAAACUGUAACGGGUUCCUCGGAAAAUCUCCAGUGUCCCAGAUGUAGUGCCGCCGUGCCCUCAUAUCCCGGUGUUUGCGGUAAUUGUGGUGAAAAUGUAUUCCAAUGCCAUAAAUGCCGCGCAAUUAAUUACGACGAAAAGGAUCCGUUCUUGUGUCACUCAUGCGGUUUCUGCAAAUACGCCAAGUUUGACUUUAGUAUUUACGGACGCAUAUGUUGUGCCGUUGAUCCAAUAGAAUCGGCAGAGGAUCGAGCCAAAACUGUGCACAUUAUACAUUCUUCUUUGGAAAGAGCUGAUCGUAUCUAUCGCCAACUGUUGGCCAACAAACAAAUGCUGGAAUUGCUUUUGCAAAAAUACGCUGAACAUGGAUCUUCUGAUCGCUUGAUGGAUGAGAGUUUGGGAACCAUACACAGCAAUUCGCAGGUGAAUAAGAUCAUACAAUUUUUGGCACAAAAGUACUGCGUGGAAUCGCGUUCAUCUUUCGAAGAACUCUCGAAAAUUGUGCAAAAAGUCAAGGCAUGUCGCAGUGAAUUGGUGGCCUACGAUCGUAGUCAAAUGGAUCAAAGCAGUUUGCCACACACUCCCGAUAAACGGGACAAUUUUAAUAUCAACAAAUGUUACGGAUGUGCCCUGGCCUCAACCGAGCAAUGUUUGACGUUGCUCAGGGCCAUGGCCUCAAAUUAUGAGUGCAGAUUGGUGUUGUACAGUCAGGGAUUGGUUGAAGAAUUGGCUCAACAUAAUCUGCGCCGUGGCACUGCACAAAUCCAAGAUGAAGUACGAAAUUUGCUGGUGUUGCUCACGAAGAACAACAAGGAUGCCUGUAUGAAUUUGCUCGAAUUGAUCAGUGAUCGUGUCAAGUCUGCCUUGCUGGGCUCGAUACCCCUAACCAAUAUCGACUCGGCAAUAUACCAUGAAAUGGAAUUGCUAAGAGUUUUAAUAUCGCAGGAUGAUUUUUGCUGGGAGCAAAAGUUGAAAAUAGUGUUUGAACUCUUCUUACACACCUGCCGGUGUCCAAGAGGGCCAGUUUAUUCGGUUAUACAGCCAUGUCUACACAUAAUGCUUAAGUUGAUAUCACCAACAAUUCCCUCGCCGAAGUUGAAACGUGAUUUGAGUCCCUCGACACUGUCCUCAAUAAACUGUGUUGAAGGCCUCAGUGUCGAUUUCCAGAAAUGGCUACAAAAUGACCCGCAACACUCAUUUGAGGCCUGGAAGGCACGUAUGCCCUCCAGUUCGCUGGCUCAACAAUCAAAAAGCUACAAAGCCCUUGUCGCAGCAGCGGCCCAGAAUUCAUUGCAGGAUGAACAUAUUUUAGCUGUUGUACUGGAAUCGGUUCAGCAUGCCGAACAGGUGGCCCAUAAACCCACUCCGGAGAGACAACUUUCAAAUGAGUCUGCAGGUUCUGCGAAUGCCAACAGUGGUGCCACCACUGAAAGUCGAGAGAAUCGUCGGAAAACGCUGAGGGAAAAUUAUCUGCGCGAGAAAUAUGGACAGCGUUGGCGUUUGCGUCAUCUGAAUCGUGGCCAACCCUACAAACCUCUGCAAUUGACAGCAACUUGGUUGCAACCAAUUUUAUUCAACAACAAUUCCCGCUUUAGACGUCCCCUCGUUUGCACCUUGAUCACCGUAUUGAGUCGGACCCAUGAUCGUAAACGUGAAAUUCUCAAUUUACUUACGACCUUCUUGAAGCAUGUAGGCGAAGCUGGUGAGGCCAGCACAGACUUUUUGUCCUUGUACCGUUUACUAGCAGUGGAUACACCUUGGCGUGAAUACUUAGCACUAAAGGGUGUUCUCGUCGAGAUAUCGCAACUGUUGGCAGAAGAAAUCAAAAAAAUUCACCGCCUAGAGGAGACCACACUUUCUUCGGAUCUAUCUCAGGGAUAUGCAUUACGUCAAUUUGUUGAAUUGUUGGCCCUUUUCCUGGACAGUCCACAAAUACGCCAAGUCUAUAAAACUCGUCUUCUGGGCCCGGUACUUGAGGGCUAUUUGUCUUUACGUAAACUAGUAGUGCAGCGAACCCGCCUAAUUGAUGAUGCGCAAGAAAAGCUUUUGGAUAUGCUCGAGGAAAUGACCAGUGGCACUGAAGAAGAGACUCGGGCAUUUAUGGAAAUCCUAAUUGACACCGUUGAGAAGACACCAAUGAAGGAUAUAAAAACACCUGUUUUCAUAUUCGAACGACUCUAUUCGAUUAUACAUCCCGAAGAAAAUGAUGAAUCGGAAUUUUUCAUGACGCUCGAAAAGGAUCCUCAGCAAGAAGAUUUCCUACAAGGUCGUAUGUUGGGCAAUCCCUAUCCCUCCAGCGAACAGGGAUUGGGACCCUUGAUGCGUGACAUUAAAAAUAAGAUUUGCACAGAUUGUGAGCUGAUUGCCCUGCUGGAAGAUGAUAAUGGCAUGGAAUUGCUGGUAAACAAUAAAAUCAUUAGUCUCGAUUUACCAGUCAAAGAUGUCUACAAGAAGAUUUGGUUGGCCGAAGGUGGCGAGAGGGAUGCCAUGCGUAUUGUAUAUCGAAUGCGAGGUUUAUUAGGCGAUGCUACCGAAGAAUUUGUUGAGACAUUGAAUAAUAAAUCCCAGGAAGAAGUAGAUACGGAACAAUUGUUCCGACUGGCAAAUGUAUUGGCCGAUUGUAAUGGCCUAAAAGUUAUGCUCGAUCGUAUUGGAAGUCUUCAGAAUAUAACCAGAUGUCGAGAGUUGAUACAAGUACUGCUGAAAUUAUUCCUAAUUUGUGUAAAAGUACGUCGUUGCCAAGACGUUCUCUGUCAACCGGAAUUGGGAGCAGUCAACACUUUGCUCAAAGUCUUACAAAUGUGUCUGCAAUCCGAGCCGGACUCGAUUCAAUCAUCUGUCACGGAACAACUUUUGGAAAUCAUGGAAACAAUACUGUCAAAGGCUGCCAGUGAUACUUUGGACUCAUUCUUACAAUUCUCUUUGACCUUCGGUGGACCCGAAUAUGUUACUGCUCUGAUUUCAUGCACCGAAUGUUCCAAUGUUCGCAACAACCCAUCGGUACUAAGGCAUCUGAUACGUGUUUUGGCUGCAUUGGUCUAUGGCAACGAAGUUAAAAUGGCUCUACUGUGCGAUUACUUUAAGGACACACUUGACUUUGAUAAAUUCGAUUCGGAACGUACCGCCGAAGAGGAAUUUAAACUGGAACUGUUUUGUGUUCUGACAAAUCAAAUUGAACACAAUUGUAUUGGCGGCACUCUCAAGGAUUAUAUCGUCAGUUUGGGUAUAGUUGAGAAAGCCAUUGACUACAUCACCCGUUAUGCACCGUGCGUUAAGCCAACCCUAUUGAGAACUGAUUCGGACGAGCUAAAAGAGUUCAUUUCCCGACCAAGCCUUAAGUAUAUUUUACGAUUCCUCACCGGUCUGGCUACAAAACAUGAAGCUACCCAGGUGGCUAUUAGCAAAGACAUCAUACCCAUCAUUCAUCGUUUGGAACAGGUGUCGAGCGAUGAACAUGUUGGCAGUUUGGCUGAAAAUCUCCUAGAGGCUUUGUGCACCGAUGCUGCCACAGCAUCUCGGGUUCAAGAAGUCAGAGACUUUACACGGGCUGAAAAGAAACGUCUAGCCAUGGCCACUCGAGAGAAACAAUUGGAUGCCUUGGGAAUGCGCACCAAUGAAAAGGGCCAAGUGACGGCCAAGGGCUCCAUUUUGCAGAAAAUAGAAAAACUACGCGAUGAAACCGGUCUCACAUGCUUUAUCUGUCGCGAGGGAUAUGCUUGUCAACCAACCAAAGUCUUGGGCAUAUAUACGUUCACCAAACGCUGUAAUGUGGAGGAAUUCGAAAUCAAAUCUCGCAAAACCAUUGGCUACACAACGGUUACCCACUUCAAUGUGGUACAUGUUGACUGCCACACCUCAGCCAUACGCUUGGCUCGUGGUCGUGAUGAAUGGGAGAGGGCCAGUUUACAGAAUGCCAACACCCGCUGCAACGGUCUACUGCCACUUUGGGGACCAGAAGUUUCCGAGGCAGCAUUUUCAGCUUGUAUGACGCGCCACGCCAGCUACAUGCAAGAGAGCACACAGCGCUGUGAUAUCUCCUACAACAAUAGCAUACACGAUCUUAAGCUGUUGUUAAUGCGUUUCGCAUGGGAACGCAGUUUCCAUGAAGAUGCCGGUGGUGGUGGUCCCCAAUCGAAUAUGCACUUUGUGCCCUAUUUGCUUUUCUAUGCCGUCUAUUUGCUGCUCUCAUCACGCUCAGCAGCCCGCGACAGCAAAACAUUGGUGGCCUAUCUAACAGCACCGCCCUCAGAAAAAUGGCUAGAAACGGCAUAUGAUGUAGAGGGUCCACUCUAUAUGUUGACCGUUUCACUGGCUCUCCACUCUCACGAAACAUGGCAAAAACAUCGUAUAGCUCAUUUAAAACGAUUGGUUGCUGUGGCGCAAGCCCGUCAUGUAUCACCUUCGGUGUUGUGCAAAGCAUUGCUAUCACCGGCCGAUAGGCAGGAGAAAGAAUACUCUGUCUACAAGCCUUACUUAAUGAUAUGGGCCCUCUUGGAUCUGCUAUAUAGUACGCUGUUCAAAACUGUAGCUACACCUAAAGAAGAAGACUGGUCGAUCUCUCUGUUCAAUUACAUACGUAAAAACGAUGAAACUAUGUUGAAGCAUACCGACUCGAUAUUGGAGACGUUCACAGAUGAUUUCCUGCCCUGUACAUCGUUUGAGGAGUUCUGUGAUGUUGCUGGUCUUUUUGGUGAUAUUGAAAACCCACAAACAUUUAUUGAGGAUGUCUUGUCCACGUUGCCCACAACGGUAGCAUCAUCGGCUGCGGCAUCUUCCUCAUCCUCAAGUGGUUGAGAUAACGCGUUUGAAUUACGAAAAAAUAAAUACGAAUUGAAAAUGAAUUAUUAAAUGUACUAACCACAAAGAAAUAUUGAAUUCAUUACUAAUCCACUAGGCCCCGCCCCCGCCCCCAUGCAUGUUGAUUUGAAACUUUAAUGGGCUCCUGCUUUCAACAAUAAAUGGCAUAAAACUACGUAGAUUGUUGCAAAAUAAACAUAUACCAUUUAAAUGCACUUUUAACAAUUAAUACCAAUAACAAAAUAAUCGGAAUAAAUUAUUCACAUGUUCAAAUA